CGGCUGUCGAGGAGCCGAGCACUGGCCCCGGGCUCUGCCGUGUCGCAGGUGCCGCCGCUGCUCCGGCCAUGAGGACCCUGUGGAUGGUGCUGUGGAUGGCGCGGCUGUGGCCCGGGACCCUGGCUGGGUGCGCCGAGGCUGGGCGCUGUUGCCCUGGCAGGGACCCAGCCUGCUUCGCCCAGGGCUGGAGGCAGGACAGGGUUUACGGGAAGUGCUUCUGCGACCAAGCCUGCCGUCUCAUCGGCGACUGCUGCUUCGACUACGCCAGGGCGUGCCCAGCUCGCCCAUGCUUCGUGGGUGAAUGGAGUCCCUGGAGUGGCUGCGCAGAUCAAUGCCGACCCACCACGCGAGUCCGCAGGCGCUCAGUGCGGCAGGAACCACUGAACGGAGGGACGCCUUGCCCACCCCUGGAAGAGAGAGCCGGCUGCCUGGAGUACUCCAAGUCGCAGAGCCAGGACUGCGGGCACGCCUUUGUCCCGGCCUUUAUAACUACCUCUGCAUUCAACAAGGAGAGAACAAGAGAGGCUACAUCUCCACAGUGGUCUACGCACACUGAGGAUGCUGGAUACUGUAUGGAGUUCAAGACAGAAUCUUUGACUCCUCACUGUGCUCUGGAACAUCGUCCCUUGACUCGAUGGAUGCAGUAUCUUCGAGAGGGAUACACAGUGUGUGUGGACUGUCAACCUCCAGCUAUGAACUCUGUGAGCCUGCGUUGUUCUGGUGAUGGCCUGGACUCUGAUGGGAAUCAAACUCUCCACUGGCAAGCCAUUGGCAAUCCUCGAUGUCAAGGAACCUGGAAAAAAGUGCGGCGAGUGGACCAGUGUUCCUGCCCAGAUGUCCAUAGUUUCAUUUUUAUAUAGAGUGCCAGCUAAACAUUUCAAAACAUGCUUGAAAAAUAUGCUGAAUAUUGCCAAGCUGUGUUUAAUGCUUCAAAAACCUUCAAAAAUGGCCCCAAAUUUUUGGGCACUUUGCUGUUGAGAAAGAAAAUUUAGGGGAAAGUUCUCAAGGAUCACAGUAUCUUUGUUCUUUUAUUGCUGAGCUGAGGACUCACACUAAAAUCUCCUAUUGUUCUUAAGUCCUUGACCUUGCUUCUGGUCACGGGACACAUGUCUGUUGUCACUAGAAUCACUACCAGGAGCUCCGGCUUUUGGCAAGUUGUUAAGGGCAUCUAUGUCUUGUUUCUAUCUUUGAAAGUUUCUUACUUUAAAAAUAUAUAUACAUGUAUGUUUGCUCACAUAUAUACUUCCCAUAUAUUAUCCUUUAAGUGCUAAAAUAAUAAUUUCAAGCAAAUUGUUAAAUGUUCAGUAGUCAUUUUGUAAGGAAAAGGUCGUCAGCCAUGGUCAAAACUUUUUUAAAAAUCACAUAUGCAAGUUUCCAGUGGCCUGAAAGCUUCUGCUUCUCUAUGUUCAUGGACUAAUCCUGGCUCUUACAAUCUUUCCACCUCUUCUGCAAUGGUCCUUGAGCUAUGGGUGGAUGAGGCUUAAUGUGGGAGUCCUAUCCAGGGAUACAUACUCUGUACAGGCUCUUAAUCUUUAAAACUUG